AUGUUCAUCUUCUCCCGUAAGACCAAGACCCCCAUCAGCACCUACACUGACUCCUACAGAGCUCCUACCUCCAUCAAGGAGGUCUAUAAGGACCCACCUCUGUGGGCCUGGGAAGCCAACAAAUUUGUGACCCCGGGCCUGACUCAGAACAUGGAGCGCCACGUGGACCAUGAAGCCCUUCAGAAGAUGGUCAGAUGUGCCACGCAGGACUACAGCUACAAAAAUUCCAUACCAGGCCACCCCUACUUCCCUGAGAAGUAUUGGCUCUCUCAAGAGGAAGACAAAUGCACCCCAAGCUAUCUGCAAGGUGACCGGUACGCCACAUGGAGGAUAGAACCUUACAAUAACACCUGCUGGAACAAUCAGUAUAUCACCUGUUUGCCCCGGCUGCCUAAGGAGGCUGGAAUGGAGACGAUAGUUCGAGGAAUGCCCAUGGAAUAUCCUCCUAAACCCGACCGCCUCAAUGCCUACGAACGCGAGGUGGUGGUGAACAUGCUGAAUUCGCUGUCACGGCACCAGCCGCUGCCGCAGAUCACCCCCCGAUGCCGGUGCGUGGAUCCGCUGCCAGGCCGCCUGCCCUUUCAGGGUUACGAAAGCCCUUGCUCUGGCCGUCACUACUGUUUGAGCGGGAUGGACUACUACGCCACCGGGACGCAGUGCCUUAAACGACGUCCUAGGCCUGGGUGCUUUGCUCAGACGACUGUAAGGGUUGCAUCUCCCUACCAACACCGGCCCGGGAUGCUAUGUGCUGUUACAACUCCCCCGCCGACAUACUACCCAUAUCUGAAUCUUAGAUGGGACACAAGUCACUUCAAGAAGACUGGUGGUCCCUUGAGAAACAACUAUAUUAUCCACCCUGAGUUUGUGUCUGAGACCUAUCCUGAGUACUGCUCCUGGUAG